CUGAUCCAACAGCAAAGGACUCAGCACAAAGGCCAGAUGUAGUGGUACUUCUAGUCGCAUACGUUGCGAGAGAAAAAACUAUCUUGAGACGGCGUGUGUGUAUUCAUUUUGCAGUGAUUCUGUGCACGAAUUUUCCAAAAGAAAAAUUUAUUUUUGCAAAGGCUCUAGCAAUUUGUAAAAUUCAAAAAUUAAAAUAUGCCCAUUGAUACUCUAUUUGAAUAAAAAAAAAAAAAAAAUUUUGUAACGGAUAGUCAAAGCACAGAGCACAAGAGUGCAAAUCGAGCUUCUCGGGAUAAAAAAAACACCUCACUGCAUUUUCAAAAUUUAUCGAGUGGUUAAAAUAAAGUUUGUGUUAAAAAAAAAAUUGGUUGUGUCAUUACAAAUGAGUAAUAUUGCAGGAAUUUGUAUCAAAGUUGAGGAAUAUGAGGAUCUUGCACCAGACAUCAAGGUAACGACUGGAGCUUCUGAAGUGGCAAAUUGUCUUUCAUGGCAUAUACCAAGGCCGACUUUGCUCGGACGUAAUGAAAGAGACAGUGAAAAUGAAAACUGUAUACGUCAUUAUUUGCAUGCGUCUUCUCCUUCUAGAGGCUCGACUUCCUCACAAGGAUCUACUGCAAGUACUCACAGCGCUGCAUCAGGUACACUACUUUUGACAGCAGCGAAUCUUGCAAAUCUUGCCUCCAUACAUCCACCAACGGUAACAGCUCCAAAACAAAUUGAUACAGCAUCAAUUGCCAGUAGCACGCAUUUUACAGUAGUCAAUGGACUUGGUAGACCAAAUAUUGUUCAUCGAAAAUCUUGGUGUGCAAAAAAUAAGUUAACUGUCCUAGUCUGCACAAUGAGCUUUCUGUUUAUGAUUGGAUUGCUAGCUGGAAUACUUUUAAUGGAUGUGAGGGCCAGGAGUACGUACGGUUAAAAUAGACAACAGAAGCCUUACAUCAGAAGCCAGACCAUGUUCUUCAGAAAUUUUCUAUUUCUUUCAGAAGAAACAUUUACAACAAAGAAUAAUAAAAUGACAAAACAAUGCUUGAACUCAUAAAUUAACACAUUGGUUUGUGUCAAGAAAACUAGUUGAAAUUUCUGCAAAUUUUAGGCUCGUUAUUCAAAAAUGUAAAAAAAGCGAAAUGAGAUCUAAAAUUUGAGCAUUUAAGGAAAAUUAAUUUAAACAAAUUUUUAGGCAAAACAUGUAUUUUGAAAAAUUAUUUCUCUGCGGGGUAAAGGAUUUUAGUCGCUGCACAUGUGUCAGUGAUUGAAUUUAUGAAAAAAGUAAUUUAUGCAAAUUAAAUUAUUUUCUUAAAUUCAGUUAUUGAUACAUGAGCAAGAUCAUUUUUACUGACACGACUAGAUCAUUUACCGGAUUAUAUAAUAAUUUUUAUAAAUAUUACAAAACCCGUGAAUGAAACUUUUUCUUUCGAAGGAAAAUAUUAAUUUAAAUUCAAGUUAUUUUUUCCCACUUUAGAAAAUUAAUAAUAGAAAAAAAUUAUCGCAUAUAGUAUUAAAAUUGCUUACUAAAAGUUUCAUUCACUGCGAUAAAGCUCACGAUUAGGAUAUAAGUUUGUAUUACACAGCGUUAAAUGUGUGGUACGUUAAAAAGUAAUUACAUUUGUGUAAUGAGUACGUUUGGAGUUAUACGAGUAUAAUUUCUAUUAUUGAAUGCAAGUGAGAAUCAAUUUUUAUUAUUAUAAAGAAACAUCAAAACACAAUCUUGUGUGCCGAUAAAGUGUUCCUUAUUUGUUAUUAUUCAAUAAUUUCAAAAAAAAAAAGAUGAAUAGUUUCUACCGUAUUUACGGUUUUAAUGUAUUUCUGUGAUCUGAAGAAAAUUAUACUUUCAAAGUAUUAUUUAAUUGGCGGAAUUUAAUUAGAUGAUUUUCAAAAUAUUAUUUAUUUUCUAGGUUAUCACUUUUUAUGUUCGAAUUUCAAUCUAAAAAAUAAUGCACAUAAGAACAUAUUUUUAAUCGUUUUCAAAUUAAACAUUUGAACUAAUAUUUAAACUUUAAAUAAUAUCAAAAAUUUUUUUUAGUUAUUUAAAGGUGUGGCUAUCUACACAAAAAAGUUUUUUUUAGCUUCGAUUAGAAAAUAUUUCGAAAAUUAACUCAAAGAAACGCUAAAAACUGAAACUGACAUUUUUCCAAAAAAAGUAGUCUCGACUAUGUUAAUAUUUAUUCUGUAAAGUUUUAAGUAAAAAAAAUCCAUUGCUCCCUCAUAGAGACGAAAAUUUUUAUUUGUCAUAUUUCAAGCAUGUUUUUUAAAAAAUGUCCGAACGUGUAUGUGUGUGAGUGAUUGACUUACUAGAAAACUGUUCGAAAAACUAUUGGAAAAAAGAUAUUGUAAAGAUAAUAAUAUCAAUGUAUUUAAAAAAUCAAAAAAUUCGAAAAUUUAAA